AUGGAUUCCGAGGAAUCUGAAGUGUUCUAUCUCUCCUGUCGUUCAUCCGUUCUACAUGGCCCGAGGGCGUCUUCUCGCGAAGUCUCCGCGAUGCCAAGACAUUGCACCACCAACAUCCUACAAAAAGGCGCCUUCGACAGGCUAUGCUAUGAUCUAAUGCCGUUCUCCUCUCUCUCUACCAAAUCCAACUCUACCAACGGAACUGAAGACGGCGCUGGCGGCGACCACCGUAAAAAGCGUCGCAACCGCACUACUCAGUCCUGCAUUAACUGCCAUGCAACCAAGCGUAUGUGUGACAGGAAACGUCCCUGCACUCGCUGCACCCAGCUGGGCCUGACCGGAAACUGCGUCUACGAGGUAGACGACAGGGAGCGCGAGCGGAAUGCACUAGCAGCAGCUGCCGACAACGGGGGGAAAACCGAUGCAUCGACCCUCCCUGCCCUUGCCAGCGAUGUUUCUCAUUUGCGAUCUCGCAUUGCCGAGCUGGAAGGCGUCAUCCGCGAGCUGAAGAACAAGCCACACCCACGAUGGAUGACUACUUCGCCGCAGCAGAUCCAAACUCCUGAUACGCCCCCCAAGACACCAUCGUCACCGACUAGUCUUACAUUGCGCCCAGCUUAUCCCCUUCAGAGCGCACGCUUCGAGUCCACGCCGCCGCCAGACGAUGUCGACCCCGCGCUCGAUUCACUCCUGAAGUUUUUCAUGUACGACGGGUUUGACUCCCCUUUCGCGGACCACAACAUGCGGAGAUGCGGUUGUGCCACCGAGGGCGCCUGUUAUAGCGCUCUCAUCGAGCUAUCGUCACGGCUACGCGACGCCAAAGAAGCGCUGGCCCUUUCUCCCAGCCAUAUGGGCUCAAGCUGUCGAUUACACUCUUGUAUCGACGCCAUUGACCGUCUCAUAAAUAACUCCCUCCUCCGUGGCAGCCCCCCGAGUCCGCAAAUAAUGGGCCGGGCAACUCCGACGAACCCAUACGCUAAUUUCACCACAUAUGGGAACCAAUUCCAACUCGUCCCUGGGAGGACGCCUAUGGGAGGGUACGACGCUUAUGGGACCUAUGAGCAGGACGCGUUCAUGUCAUGGAACCAAGACCGGAUACCGCAGCGUUUCGCGUAG